AUGGCGGCAAACUUUAUCUCAUACCCCUACCGGUUUCAUGUAAACUACCAAUUACCCCGCCCCAUCCUACGUUUUCUCGUUCCACAUCCCUUUUCCCUAACUCUUGCUCUUUCUCUCAUUCUUCCUCUCUUUUCCCUUACUCUCGAAGUCCAUUACUUAGUCUCUUUCUCAGAUCAUCCACUCCUUUUUCCUAACUCUCUCUCUCUCUUUCUUCCUCUCUUUUCCCUCACUCUCGAAGUCCAUUACUUAGUCUCUUUCUCAGAUCAUCCACUCCUUCUUCCUAUCUCUCUCUCUCUCUCUCUCUCUCUCAUUCUUCAUCCCGAUUCCUAUACUCUCCCCCUUUCUCGCAGUCUCCAUCUCGCUUCAAUUACUCCCUCUCUUUUUCUGAUCAUUUACACCUUACUCUCCCUUCUUAACGAAAUCUCCGUCUCUUUUCCAUUAUUGCUCUUCCUUCUCUUAUCAUCCACCCGUUUAUCCUUACUCUCCCUCUAUAUCGAAUUCUCCGUCUCUUUUCCAUUACUCCCUUUCCUUCUCUUAUCUUCCACCCGUUUACCCUUACUCUCUCUCUCUCUAUCUGUUUUUCCAAUUCUCCGUCUCUUUUCCAUUUCUUACGCUCUUUCUUUGAGCAUCCACCCCUUUUUCCAUGCUCUUCUUCUUCCUAUCAUUCUGCAUCCCAUUCCCCUUACUCUCCUUCUUUCUCGCAUUUUCCGCCUCGUUUCUCUUACUCUCCACCUUUUUCUAAUUCUCCGUUCCUCACCCUCCCUCUUUCUCUCAUUCCUCCUCCCUUUUCCCUUAUUCCACGUAUUUCUCUCAUUCUCCGUUCGUUUUCCCUUACUCUCCACCUGUCCCUCAUUCUCAUUUCCUUUCUCACCCUCUUUCUCUCAUUCUUCUUUCCUUUUCCCCACCUUUCUUUCAUUCGUCGUCUCUUUUCCCUUACUCUACGCCUGUCUUCCAUUCUUCAUUCCUUAUUCUUCCCCUCUUUUCUCUGUUUUUGUCUCGUUCGCCGUCUCUUUUCUCUUACUCUCCACCUGCCACUUAUUCUCCAUUCCUUGCUCUUCCUCUUUCUCUCAUUAUCUGUCCCUUUCCCUUUACUCUCAGUCUUUCUUUCUUUCUUUCUUUCUUUCUUUCUUUCUUUCUGCCCUAUUCUCUUUCUCCUUCCUUUUUACUCGCCUCACAGAUUCCAAAAUAGUUAAAUUAUCUAUCUAUCUAUCUAUCUAUCUAUCUAUCUAUCUAUCUAUCUAUCUAUCUCAUCUGUUCAUAUCUAUCUAUCUAUCUAUCUAUCUAUCUAUCUAUCUAUCUAUCUAUCUAUCUAUCUACCCCAAUCUGUUCAUAUCUAUCUAUCUAUCUAUCUAUCUAUCUAUCUAUCUAUCUAUCUAUCUAUCUAUCAAGCACUAG